CGCGCGUUUAAUUUUAAUUCUGGUCUCCCGCAUGUCGUCGACUUGUUAAUAAGCAACAAGUUUAGCAUGUUGUUAAAUGUUAGUGUCUGGUCGGUGUAUACAAUUAAUAAAAGUGCGUUCUUAAAAGGUCACGGAUUUAUAUAGAUAACACCUGAAGACAAUGGAAGUAUUGGGCGUAAAAUUUGCUCCUAUCAAUAUCCCUUUCAGAAGACGGAUACAGACCUUAUCGGCAGCCGCUUGGUUUAUAACAAUGGCGUUUGGUGGCUUUAUCGGUCUCUUCCUAGCCGUAUACAUGAUAUUGCAGACAAGACUGUGGCUAGUAACUAUUGCAUACUUGAUUUGGGCCUGGGGUAUGGACAGACAUACCUGUAAAAAAGGAGGGCGUCGGGUCGAAUGGGUUCGUAGCUGGACUUGGUGGAAAUAUUUAAAAGAAUACUUUCCUCUAAAUUUAGAACGUGUUCCUUGGGUGGAAUUAGAUCCUAAACGUAAUUAUUUAUUCUGUUGCUUUCCCCACGGAAUGUUACCGACGGGUGCAUUUUCUGCAUUUGGCACUAACGUGGGCGGAUUUCACGAUUUAUUUCCAACUCAUAAACCAUACGUGCUAACGCUGUCUCAGCAUUUCUAUAUGCCGUUUUUCCGAGAGCUCGCGUACGCCCUAGGCGGAUGUUGCUCUUCUGCAGAUUCUAUCAAUUGGAUACUUUCCCAACCGGAUGGAGGAAAAGCGGCAAUAUUAGCCGUCGGCGGCGCCGCCGAAUCUUACAACUGCCGUCCAGGGCAAUACAGAGUUGUACUCAAAAAUCGAAAAGGAUUCGUAAAACUGGCGAUAAAAAAUGGCGCGCCUUUGGUACCGGUAAUAUCAUUUGGAGAAACGGACCUAUUCAGUCAAGUUCCUAGUCCAGAAGGUUCGGUGAUCCGUUAUAUUCAGGAGUUCAUCCGGAAGUUGAUUGGUAUCGCUCCUGCUCUUCCAUUGGGAAGAGGAUUUUUUCAGUACUCAUUCGGCUUGGUACCACAACGUAAACCGGUUACCACUGUAGUUGGAAGGCCAUUAAAUGUAGAGAAGAUUGAAAAACCAACCCAAGACGACAUCGACGAAGUUCAUGAAAAAUUUAUCGAGUGUCUCGUUGAAAUGUUUGAAGAACAGAAACAUCACUACAUAAAAGACGCGGACUCAACGGUAUUUGAAAUCGAAUAAUUUGCUAGUCAGUGGAGGAUGUGGGAAUGGCAACCACAGCAAAACAAAUCAGAUGUAUUAAUGAUAUUUAUUGAUUCUUUGGUACCUAUUUCGUAAGUAACCGAUAAUUAACCAAAAUAUAAUGUUGGAAUUCGUUCUUACACUGUUAAUGGAGUAAUGUACUGAUUUCCUAGCUGUGGGAGCAUUUCUCAUGAACUUGCAAAUAAUAGCUCACUGCCACUGGAAGUGGUACGCAGACGUUACACAUGAUGCGUUAUUGUAAAUAAGGGUGACGGACUUUCCUGAAGGGGCUGCCCAUUCAUCCCUUUCACAAAAAUUGUUAUUUUGUUACAAUGGUAUUAAUUAUAGUGAUAUUUAUGUUAAGUAAUUUUAUUGAUUUUUAAAUUAUAACACUUAAAAGUUUAUUGAGUUUUAUAAUGAAUAAAUUUAUUAGUCCCUA